AUGGAACCCUAUGUUGGCAUGAGGUUUGACACCCUUCAAAUUGCUAAGGAUCACUACAACAGCUACGCCUUACGGAUGGGUUUCUCUGUCAAAAUGAACACCUCUAGGCGGACAGGCAAUGUAUUGGUAAAACAGCAGUUUUGCUGCAACAAGUAUAAGAAGCCAAAAGCUGAUGAUGUGGUGGAGCUGAGGCUCCUCCUAUCCUGGACCCUAUACCAGAUCCAAGACCUGUUGACACUGAUGAGGAAAUGGAAGAUGAACCUCCAAACUUUGCUGAAGAGGAGGCUGGUGCUAUUUCGUAGAGAUGACACAAAGGAGGGUGAUCUGAUUGAGACAAUUGCGCACUUCAAGGAUAUACAAAAAACCGAUCCAGACUUCUUCUAUAAGGUGAAAUAUGAUGAAGAGGACAGAGUUGUGAACAUAUUUUGGGUGGAUGGCUUAGCUCAAAAAGCUUAUGCAGAGGCGUACCACAAUUGCAUAUCAUUUGACACCACCUACAUGACCAACAUGUACAAUAUGCCAUUCGCGCCCUUCAUAGGAAUAAACCGACAUGGCCAAUCUUUCAUGCUGGGUUGCGCGUUUGUGAGGCAGGAGUUGGCAUCGAGGUUUGAUUGGGUCUUUGGAGCACUCCUAGAGGCUAUGGAUGGCAAACCUCCUGAAAACUUCAUCACCGAUCAGGAUGGUGCAAUGAGGCAGUCAAUACAAAGCAUCUUUCCAACCAUCGUGCAUCGCUGUUGUCGAUGGCACAUCAUGAAAAAGGCUCAGGAAAAAGUUGGUUGGCUGCUGUGCCGGAAUCCAGGACUCCCUGAUGAUUUCAACAAGUGUGUUGACUUCAGCUUCACUAUAGACGAGUUUGAGCAGAAUUGGACUGGAUUAAUGAUGAAGUACGAGGCUAUGACAAACACGCACUUUGAGAAGUUGUAUGAAUACAGGUCAACUUGGGUGCCGUGCUACUUCAAACACAGGUUCUUCCCCUUCCUACAGUCUACACAGCGUAGUGAGGGGUUCAAUGCCGUCCUAAAAAGAUAUGUGAACCCACACAACUCAAUGAUGAACUUCGUCAAGCAAUAUGAAAAAAUCCAGAACCACAUCCUUGCCAAGGAAGGCUGCAAUGAUUACAGGACAGAACACCUUGAGAUUGAGCUGUGGUCCAACUUCCCAAUAGAGAAGCAAGCUUACAAAACCUAUACUAGGGACCUUUACCGCAAGUUCAGAGAAGAGUUUGAGCUGAUUGGACGAAUUUGUUGCCAAAUAUGGGGUUCUCGAAACUACUUGGUGCAGGCAAGGGUGGAGGAGGGUUCCUAUUUGUGUGAGUGUUGUAAAAUGGACAAGGACGGCAUCCUCUGUUGCCACAUCCUCAAGGUGUUCACCCAUAUUGGAGUUGAUGUCAUACCGGAAAGGUACCUGCUAAGACGGUGGACACCUACUGCUGUACCUAGUGCGCCAGGGACUAGUUAUGAGCAACCGGAUGAAAUGCCUCCUCAAUCAAAGAAGCAAAUAAGGGAGAGGAACAUGAUAUACGAUUUUCGGAAACUAGCAAAGUUUGCGAGUGGUUCUGAUCCAGCACAAGCUAUUGUAUACAAACAUAUGCGCGCAGCACGUACCGAGAUCGGCCACCUGAACAAGUCCAAGAAAAAGAAAAAACCGACUGCUGCCACGGGGCCAUCAGAUGAUGGCAACCCUCGAGGACCUCCUCCACCUCCAGGCAGCAAUCAGGGGGCUCAUAAUCCAGGUGAUGUCAACCCUCAAGGACCUCCUCCACCUCCUGGCUGUACACGGCAUCCUCCGCCACCUCCUCCCCCGCGUGCUCCUCCCAAUGGCCCUACAGGCAGCACUCAGAGGGCUCAUCGUCCAGGUGAUGCCAACCCUCAAAGACCUCCUCCCCCGCCUGGCCCAACUAGCAGUGCCCUCGUGCUACUCCCAAUGGACCUACAGGCAGGACUCAGGGGGCUCAUCACCCAGGCGAUUACAAUCCAAGUACCAUGA